GUUGGUAGAUCUGGAUCCAGAGCCAGAGUCCAGAGUGGAGGGUGGCGGCCCGGCUGGGCCCACCUCAAGCAGAGAACAUGGCGAUCUCUCCCGGCUCCGCAGCUCCUCACUGGAAAUCAGAGAAAAGGGCUCGGAGAUCCUUAGGGAACAGCUGGACGCUGCAAAGAGGGAACUGAAACUUAAAGACAAAGAGUGUGAGCGUCUGUCGCAGGUCAGGGAUCAGCUGGAGCAGGAGCUGGAGGAGCUGACAGCCAGUCUGUUUGAGGAAGCUCACAAAAUGGUGCGUGAUGCAAAUGUCAAACAAGCAGCAGCAGAGAAGCAACUGAAGGAGGCUCAGGGGAAGAUUGACGUUCUGCAAGCAGAGGUGACGGCGCUCAAGACUCUGGUGUUGACGUCCACACCAUCCUCACCAAACCGCCAGCUGCACCCACAGCUCCAGCCUUCGGGAACCAGGGGAGCAUACAAACAUGCUGGGGGCCACACCCGCAACAAGAGCGCGAGCGGUGCCUUUCUAUCCUCACCUGGAAAACCACAACCUUCCUCAGUUUCCAUCCAGCCUGCGGCCAAAGAGGAUCGAGAGUCUGCUGUUCCUGCUCUCCUUUCUCUGAUUCUCUGCCUGGUUCCUGGACAGUCUGUCAAUGUGGCCUAUGGCUCUUAUUGGCAGGAGCGGGGAGAGGGGCUAGGCAUUGACAGCAGACAGAUGGACUCAGUUCUGUACGCAGAAUUUUUGAUGUGGAGGGAACAUCCAAGUCUAGACCGCUCCACCGCCUUCCUGAGUCGUAUCUACAGAGAAGACAUCGGGCCUUGUCUCUCCUUCACAAGAUCUGAGUUGUCCCAACUGGUGCAGAGCGCAGUGGAAAACAACUCUCUGACUAUCGAGCCUGUCGCCAUGUCAGCGUUGCCAGUGGUUAAAGCCUCAGCUAUAGAGUGUGGAGGCCCUAAUGGCUUUAGGGCAGCAAUAGAGACAAAAUGUGCAUUAAGUGGCAUGUCACGGCUCUGUCAACAUCGCAUUAAACUUGGUGACAAGGAGAGCUACUAUUACAUCUCUCCUUCUAGCAGAGCACGGAUCACAGCAGUGUGCAAUUUCUUUACUUACAUCCGCUACAUCCAGCAGGGCCUGGUGAGACACAAUUCGGAGCAGAUGUUCUGGGAGGUGAUGCGUCUCCGCAGAGAAAUGACUGUGGCCAAGUUAGGUUUCUACCUCACCGACCAGGGCUAGAGAGCCCGUCAGUCCACGGAAACACCCGACAGAACAAGCGUGAUCCCAGGACCUUGAUUAUUCAGAUGAAUCUGGGUUAAACUAUGGUAAAAAACAGGUCUUAGAUCAGGUUUUGUAGCAGAGGUUGUACAGCAUCAGUGCUGAAGCAGAGGUCAGCCAACAAGGGAAGCAGAAAAUAUUCUAGUGCCACUUUUGGAUACGCAAUAAGACAAUUAAAAAUGAACCAGCACAGGUAGAGAGAAAUGUAAAUAACACCAUUUUAAAGAUUGUGUUACUCCCAGAUAUGUAAAAUAUAUUCUUCCCUUAUACUACAGGCCUCUGUUGAUUUUUCUCCACUAGUGAAGAGAAUAGUUUCUGUUUUUUAUCUUGUGAGCUCUGAACCUCCCCGGUGGAGUGCACACGUCGUCUCAUGUUAAUAGAUUUUAUAUAUCAAGUUGCAGGCAUUAGUCUGUUGGACAGAUAAGCAUGGGAUGAAUCAGCCAAGAGAGUUUAGUUUGUCUCUUACCUCAAGUAUUACAUACUUAGAUAACUAUAUAUUUAAGAUAUGUGAGAUUGACAAUGUCCACAUUGUUUCCAUAGAACAGCUUGUUUUCUUUAUUUUUACAUAAAUGUAAUUCUCACUAGCAUCUCUUAGUUGCUUUCAGUUACCAGCUCAAACAUCAUGCUUUGUUUCAGCAUGGCCCUAACUCUGAUGAUGCACUCUUGCAGUACCUGUUGUAGAGGCCUUGUAUAAAGAUACAGAUGACCCAUCUGCAGCCUCCUGCAAGAAAAACAUUUUCACAUUAGCUUGUGUGUUAAUAAUCAGAAAUAUAGACAAUGGAUCAAUUAUUAUACCUCCACGUUCAAUAGUGACAGCUUUACAGUGUAAACAGAAAAUAAACAAGCUUUAAUACAAGUUAUCGCAAUAUGCACAACUGUUGCAACUGUAGUUUUGCACGUCUGCAAUGAACAGUAUGUACAUACAGUAUAAGCCAUAAAUGACUUUGCAUGAAUGCAGCACAUAGCCAUACUAUGCAAUGUAAAUUGGUUGUACCUCGUAGUAAAGAUUUAUUACUAUUAAUGACCAUUUUUUAAAUAGAAAACAGUCUUUUGAAGGUAAAAAUGAAGAAUAUUGUGUCAGAAAGUGCAAUAACUGUUUCUUAGCCUUUUCUAGGGCUUUGAGGUUCCUAACCUUAGUGUGCUGGUCAUUAACUGUGUCUUCCAGUGUAAACACUCCAUUAAAAAACCAGGCAUUGUAGCCUAUCACAGUUUGUAGCAUAUGUGAUUUAUAGAUGUUGUCUGUAUAAAAUCUGUUGGCAGUAAAAUGGAUUAGUUUGCCUUUGAUUUCAGAUAUUUGUGAAUUUCAGACUUGGAGUUUGGGAGUUAUGACUCAUCACUGUAAUUAAUUUCAAGGCAGCACAAUUGGAUGACACAAGACCUGUUUGUCUCAGGGUGCGUCACUGGUUUUAGAUUAAGGUCAUCGCCAGGAACCGCCUGGUUACUCCAAUACAAAAUGCUCUGAUACACCCACAGUUCAGAGGGGCUUUAUGGUUUGAAAAUCUGUUUUUGGAGCAAACAUUCCAGUAAGAUUUUAGUUUCCGGAUUGAAAAGACUUUUGUGAGCUUGUUAUUCUGUUUUCACGGCCUGGUCAUACAGAUUACAACAGGCCACAAAAAUAGUUUGACUUGUAGUUAAUGAAUGAGCACCGUAAGGCAGGUCAGGAUGGCAUACUGUGUAGUCAGAGGACAAAGCGUAACAUCAUAUGUUAUUAAACCAUCUUGUUAUCGACUGAGGGCAACAACAGGGAUGCUUAUUUAUGUAAAACACUGAUUCGUU